UCCGUUUUAUCUGUGAUUAUUGACUGCGUUGCUUUCCACACAACUCAUGAAGGUCUGUAUGGGUUGUUAAAGGCAGUCCGCAGAAAGCGAGAGGCCUCUCGUGUCCGGCAUCUCAGGACAGAAAAUCAACGAAUUUUCCUCUCGAAGAUACCCUUCAAAACUAUUCAAUUUUUCUCCAUCACGGUAAGCAAUGUACGGGUUGGUCUAUGGCCUUCUACACAGCUGGCCGACAGAAGCUUACUGUGCCAUUUCGGCGACCACGCCUCACAUUCUGCAAUUGGCCGAGCCCGUAAUCACCGUCACCAAGACGUUCGUCGAUCGUCAGUUAGACCUGAAAAGCGGGCGUCAGUUGAUGGCGGCUCUGAACGGCUUAACGUGGAUUAUUUCAGUUGGGCCACAAACAGUUGUAUCGCGGCGACGUUUGGGCUGAGCUAUCUACUCGUCACGUUUCAAUCGGAAUCGGGUUUUCUUCAUAUACGAGUUAAAAGUGGCCCACUCUGUGGAAAACUACUUUCGACCUCAGAUACACCUGAUACAGAAGAAUCUUAUGAGGAAGACGGGGAUUCGUACAAGUCUGGCAAAUCCGCUCAUCAAAUAGGUAUGUUGCUCGGACACUUGGGAGCUCAAGCGCAUUUAAAUGUGGUUCUGCUACGUCGCACUCUAACGGAACCGGCCCCGUUUGGUCAAUACGACGUGUCGCCCUCCGAUUGGUUGGUCAACUCCGUAUGUGUGAAGUUCUUCGGUUUUCGAGCCGGGUUGAUGGAAGAACUUCUGGAGAUCCUCAAACAAUCGCUCUGGAUCAAUAGCUACGUUUCCUCUUUGCCCUCAUCGCCUCUUGGUCUUGCCUCGGUUCGGCGAACAUCCAUCACCAUCACUCACAGCCCAGUUCAGCGAACACCAAGCAUUCCGUGGACCGAAAUCGGCCACUCAACAACCGAACCGUCUAUCUCUACUGAUGCUCAUCCAUUCCCUGCACACAUGUGUGUUGCUUUCCUCUCUGCCUCAGACUACAACCAACCGUUUGCGAGUGAAGUCCCUUCGACGAAGCGAACGGACGGAGUUGGUUUCCACUUUGAGCUUAUUCGUUUCAUGUUUCGG